CAAUCCGAGGCAGUCUGAGUGGAAGCGCUGAUAGGAACAGAUGGGUGUCACUGGUAAAAUUCUGGUCUUGAUACUGGCCAUUGGCGGUGGGCUGGUCUAUAAGAAUGUGACCCAGCUAUGGGCGGACUUGCCUGCGCCAAAGUUGGAUCCCCAGGAGUGGUGGGGCGAUGACGCGCAGCCCAAGGAUUACGAAGCCUAUUUGAAGAACAGUUCGGAGGUGAUUGGCAAUAGGCUUAGUUAUCCGGAUAAGACCAUUGCUGAUCUGAAAGAGCGUCUCAAUCGCACCCUGCGCCUUACGCCUCCGCUCGAGGGCGUGGCUUUCGAGUACGGAUUUAAUACGGAUUACCUUAAGGAGAUCGUGGAGUAUUGGCGCGAUGACUACCUGCCGCGUUGGCGCGAACGCGAGGUGUUCCUUUGGCAGUUCAACCACUUCACAACCGAUAUUCAGGGGCUACGCACACACUUCCUCCAUUUGAUGGUUUAUGAUGACAACAAAGUGGGUAAGCAACACUAUCCGGUGUUGCUGCUCCACGGAUGGCCGGGAUCGGUGCGGGAGUUCUACGAUCUUAUCCAUUUGCUCCACCAGAGCAACCUGGACAAGAACAACAAGUACAUCUUCAACGUGGUCGUUCCCAGUUUACCUGGUUAUGGCUGGUCUGAGGGCACCUCAAGGAAGGGUCUGGGGCCCGCGCAGGUAGCCGUGAUGAUGAGGAAUCUUAUGCUGCGCUUGGGAUACGACAAAUUCUUUAUCCAGGGCGGAGACUGGGGCAGCAUCAUUGGCAGCAACAUUGCCACCUUAUAUCCGGAAAACGUGCUGGGCUAUCACUCGAACAUGUGCAACAAUAUGAGUCCCAAGUCGCUGGCCAAGGGUUUAUUGGCCGAAUUUUGGCCCAGUUUGUUUGUGCCCUCUGGCUUUGAAGACUUCUUCUUCCCCAAGUCCAACGAGCUGAAGUACCUAAUGGAGGAGAGUGGCUACUUCCACAUCCAGGCCACCAAGCCGGACACCAUUGGAGCCGCCCUCACCGAUAACCCAGUGGGUCUGGCUGCCUACAUUCUGGAGAAGUUCUCCACGUGGACGAAUCCCAGCUACCGAUCUCUGCCGGAUGGAGGACUCACGAAUCGCUAUAAGAUGGAUGCCCUGCUGGACAACCUCAUGAUCUACUAUCUGACCAACUCGAUCACCACCUCGCAGCGACUCUAUGCGGAGCAGUAUGCCCAGUCACAGCGGGACUUGCACCUGGAACGGGUACCCACUCGAGUGCCGACUGGAUGUGCCCGCUUCAAGAGUGACAUCAUGCAGUUCCUGGAUGUCCAGCUGAAGGAUAAGUACACGAACCUAGUGCACAGCACCUACCACAAACAGGGCGGACACUUUGCCGCUCUGGAGGUUCCGAAGGUCCUCUACAAGGACUUUAUUGACUUUGUGAAAACGGUGGAACGUAAGUUUAAAAUUAAGACACUGUAGAUAUUUUCCAAUAAAGGCUUAAUUGUUUUUCAAAAAA